AUGGGCGGCAGCGCAAGCAAAGGCGAAGAGGCGGUGACGGUACCUGCGGGACUGCCAUACUCCCUCUGGUCAAACCUCCCGCCGGAGCUCGCGGGCCUCGUGAUCCAACGGCUGCCCUCCUACGCUGACCGCGCCCGCUUCGGCUCCGUGUGCCGGCACUGGCGCUACGCAGCGAAGCUGCUGCAACAGGCGCCGCUGCCGCCGUCCCAGCAGCCGCUCCCGUGGCUCAACUUCCUCAACGGUACCUUCCGGAGCCUCCCCGAGGGCGAGGAGCACAACCUCCGGCCUGACAAGCCUCUCGUGCUCUCCGCCAACAAGGGCUGGGUGCUGUUCAAGGAAGGGCUGUUGGGCCCCGCGCACCGCCACUACCUCAAGAACCCUCUCUCCGGCGCCGUCAUACGGCUCCCAGGGCACUGCAAGGCGCCUAUCAUACUACCCCAUGGAGACGAUCACGACGACAGCAGCAAUGUACCUCCUUCUUCCUCCGACUCGGAAGAGUUCAACAUCUGGAAGGUGAUCGUGUGCACGAGCGACGUGAUCGCCGCCAAGAUCAGCUACCACCGCCUCCCCGACGUGGUGGCGUGCUGCCGGUCGGGCUCGCGCGCGUGGUCCACCGGUCCGUGCAACGGCACGUGGUACGAGGACAUGGCCCUGUACAAGGGCAAGAUAUACACCGUGUGUCGGAAUGGCGGCCUCUUCUCGCACGAGCUCAUGCAGGUCAGGAGGACCGGCGAACCAUACGUCGAGCCGCCAGUCGAGCAGAUCGUCAUGGCACCGCCGCCGGAGCCUGACAAGCCUUACGCUAAUCUCUGGGGCGCCACGAAAUGCUACCUCGUUGUAUCUUCACGCGGGGAUAAGUUGCUCAUGCUUCGAUGGACCAUCCCCUGCGAGCACCAUUGUCUCACAACUGAGAUGGCGUUCAAGGUCUUCCAGGCAGAUUUGGAGAUGGCCCGGUGGGUACAUGUGGAGAGCUUGGACGAUGAGGCGCUCUUUGUUAGCACGCACUGCUCCAAGGCCAUUAGCGCAUCUAGCCAUGCCGGCCAAGGGAGAGGAGAUCAAAUAUAUUUCGCCGACUACAGCCUUAGGUCCGUCAAGCGGACAGGAUGCAUUACUCGUACCUGUGGUGUAUAUGACAUGAGAAGCAAGGUUGUCUCUCCAAUUUCAAGCAAAUGGCCAAUCAAUGAUACAUCAAAGGCGUCAUGGUUCUUCCCUUCGGUUGAGUAUGGUGACUCCAAUCAUAAUGUUUAA